CUGAUCAGAACGCUUCCACUUUCAGUUGUGAAAGAAAAACCAGGAAGUGAAGUCCCCGCGCACGAGCACGCUAGAAAGCUCAGGCAUGGCGUGGCUCGGCACAGCUCAGAGCAGGGCAGGGCCGGGGACUCCCUGAGCCCGCGUGUUCUGCCUGCAUGGAUGCUCCGAAGCCACCCGGUCCCUGGAGCGUGCCAGGGACUUGUGUGCCUGGAGAAACGCGGAGGUAGGAAGCCUCAUUUGCUGGAAACACCAAGUGAUUCACCCACCACAGGGAACAUCUCAUGAUAGAAUGUCUGAUACUAACAAGAACUUGAAAAUGGAAAUAAAUGGAAGAGGUGAAAGAAGUUAGUUUUAACUGAGGACUUCUUAGGCGCCUGACAGCAUACCAGAGUUUCUGCAUAUGGAAUCCUUCUGAGGUCUGAAUUUCCUGCUGCUGUGCACAAAGAUGCUUUUCAUCUUUAACUUCUUGUUUUCCCCACUUCCAACCCCGGCGCUGGUCUGCAUACUGACGCUUGGAGUAGCCAUGUUCCUGUGGCUGGUCUACAGACCCCAGCCAGUCUUACCUCUCAUUGACCUGGAAAACCAGUCUGUAGGAAUUGAGGGAGGAGCGCGCAAAGGGGUUAUCCAGAAGAGCAAUGACCUCAUGCUUUACUACUACUCAGAUGCCAGGACAGUGUAUGAGACUUUCCAAAGAGGACUUGCUGUGUCUGACAAUGGUCCCUGCUUGGGAUACAGAAAACCAAAUCAGCCCUACAGAUGGUUGUCCUAUAAGCAGGUGUCGGAUCGAGCCGAGUACCUGGGUUCCUUUCUGUUACACAGAGGACAUACGCCAUCACCAGACCAAUAUAUUGGCAUCUUUGCUCAGAAUAGACCAGAGUGGGUCAUCUCCGAGUUGGCUUGCUACACAUACUCCAUGGUAGCCGUUCCUCUAUAUGAUACAUUGGGAGCAGAUGCCAUUGUAUACAUUGUCAACAAGGCUGAUAUUAACACUGUGAUCUGCGAUACACCCCAAAAGGCAUCAGUCCUGCUAGGAAAUGUGGAGAAUGGCCUCACCCCGGGCCUGAAGAUAAUCAUUCUUAUGGACCCCUUUGAUGAGGACCUGAAACAAAGAGGGGAGAAAUGUGGAGUUGAGAUCUUAUCUAUAUUUGAUGCUGAGAAUCUAGGCAGAGAGAACUUCAGAAAACCUGUGCCCCCUAAGCCAGAAGACCUGAGCAUCAUCUGUUUCACCAGUGGAACUACAGGCGACCCUAAAGGAGCUAUGAUAACCCAUCAAAAUGUCGUUUCCAAUGCUGCUGCCUUUCUCAAAUGUAUUGAGCAUACUUUUCACCCCAACCCCAACGACGUGACUAUAUCCUAUCUCCCCUUGGCUCAUAUGUUUGAGAGGAUUGUACAGGCUGUCAUAUAUUCCUGUGGAGCCAGAGUUGGGUUCUUCCAAGGAGACAUCCGGCUGCUGCCUGAUGACAUGAAGGCGCUUAAGCCCACGGUGUUUCCCACAGUGCCUCGACUCCUUAACAGGAUCUAUGAUAAGGUACAGAAUGAAGCAGACACACCCCUGAAGAAAUUCUUGUUAAACCUGGCCAUUACCAGUAAAUUCAAUGAAGUAAAAAAGGGAAUUGUCAGGCGGGACAGUCUGUGGGACAAACUCAUCUUCAGAAAGAUUCAGCAGGACAGCCUGGGCGGGAAGGUUCGCUUCAUGAUCACGGGAGCUGCCCCCAUCUCCACUCCGGUCCUGACGUUCCUCCGGGCAGCAAUGGGGUGUCCGGUGUAUGAAGCUUAUGGGCAAACAGAAUGCACAGCUGGCUGUACAGUCACAACUAGUAUGGACUGGACAUCAGGCCAUGUAGGAGCCCCAGUCACUUGCAACUAUGUCAAGUUAGAAGAUGUGGCUGAUAUGAACUAUUUCUCAGCUAACAAUGAAGGAGAGAUCUGCAUCAAGGGUAACAAUGUGUUCCAAGGAUACCUAAAGGACCCUGAGAAAACAAAGGAAGUGCUAGACAGUGAUGGCUGGCUUCACACUGGAGACAUUGGGCGCUGGCUCCCUAAUGGAACGCUGAAGAUCAUUGACCGUAAAAAGAACAUUUUCAAGUUGGCCCAAGGAGAAUACAUUGCUCCAGAGAAGAUUGAAAACAUCUAUAUCAGGAGUAGAGUGGUGUCACAAAUUUUUGUACAUGGGGACAGCUUACAGUCAUCCUUAGUAGGAGUGGUGGUUCCUGACCCAGACACACUGCCCUCAUUUGCAGCCAAGCUUGGAGUUAAGGGCUCCCUUGAAGAAUUGUGCCAAAACCAAGCUAUAAUAGAAGCCAUUUUAGAAGACUUGCAGAAAAUUGGGAGAGAAAAUGGUCUUAAAUCCUUUGAACAGGUCAAAAAAAUCUUCGUUCAUCCAGAGCCAUUUUCCAUUGAAAAUGGGCUCUUGACACCAACAUUAAAAGCCAAGCGUGGAGAGCUUUCCAAAUACUUUCGGAAGCAAAUCGACAGUCUGUAUGAGAAUAUCCAGGAGUAGGUUAAGUUUGCUGCUGAGCUGGAAGCUGUGUGGGAAGGAGCUGAAAAUUACUGUCCAGUGAACUUUUCCAGUAAAUGAAGCAAGCACUGAAUACAAACCUGCUGUGCUGGGACUAAAGAUCUGUGGACAGACCUGAGGUGCACACACCAGGCUUAUCUUCUGUGAAGGAACCAACCGACCUUUGCCACCUGGACUACAGUUCCUACCGUACUUUACUCCUAGAUAACACAGGUUGCUUCUACUUGUAAAUGUAAACUCUUUAAAAUAAACUAUUGCAGAUACUA